GUUUCGUUUCUGCUGAGCCAUGACGGGAACUCCUAGCAAUGUUAUUGUUAAUCAUUUAGUUUUGUGAGCCAAGUGGAUGGGCUUCAGAUUUUCCAUGAUGGAUGAUCACUAGACUAAGAUCUCAUUUAUUUGGUAUCCUUGGUUUGUUACUGAGUCUGGCAUUUAUUUAUUUAUUUUGUCCGUGCCCACAGCAUGUGUAAGUUCCCAGGCCAGGAAUCAAACCCAUGCCACGGCAGUGACCUAAGCCACACAGUGACAACACUGGAUCCUUAACCACAAGGCCACCAGGGAAUUCCAGUUUUUAAAAAUAUACUUAUUGAACACAUAGUAUGUGCAAGGAACUAUUCUAUGCACUUUUUGGUAUUACCCAGUGUUCCUGAUAACAUUAUUCUUUUGAGUACUGAACACUUAAUUUUAACAGUCUUCUUCCCACACAUAGUACUUUCUUCUUGACUAGACAUGGACUGGAGAACAAUUAUAUUUUUUCAGUAUAGACUUAGAUGCUUGUAUUGAUUUCCUGGGGCUGCUGUAACAUAUUACCACAGAUUUGGUUGCUUAAAUAAGAGAAAUGUAUUCUCCCACAUUCUGGAGACCAGGAACACAAACUCCAUGUCACUGGACUGAUUGAUAUCAAGUGUCAGCAGGACUGUGCUCCCCCUGUAAGCUCCAGGGAGAAUCCAUUCUUUUUUCCUUCUGGCUUCUGUUGGCUGCCAACACUCCAUGGUUUGUGGCUGUGUCACCCCAAUGUUCAAGGCCAGCAUCUUCAAAUCGCUUUCUGCUCUAUCUUCACAUUGCCUUCUCCUCUUGAGUAUCUGUGUUUUUCUCUUCUGUCUUUUACAAGGUCACUUGUGUUGGCACUUAGGGCUCACUUAGCUAGUCCAGAAUAAUUUUUCUGUCUCAUGAUCCUUAGUUUAAUUUCAUCUGCAAGAUUCUCUUUUCCAAAUAAGGUAACAUUUACGAGUUUUAGGGAUUAGGACCUGUUGCUCAGUAGGGUCAGCAGUUUGGAAGAGUUGAUCUAGAGCAGGGAAGAGAGGAUAACUAGAACCUGCCAGCACCUUUGUUUCUUUUUCACUGCAUUCAACCCUGCGAAUCUUCUGAGAGCAGUGGCUCUUGCUUCACAUCUGCCUUCCACAUCUUGUGCAGAUUUUGUGUGUAGCGAUUCUCACCUGGCACCAUAUAGAGAAGGGGAUUUGGGGAAAUGUGUUUAACCAAGUUGAUACAGUGAUAAUAGAAGGAUCAUAAUUUCCCAAUGACAUUUUCCUAUUACACAUUAUGUCGUAGCAGUUUACAUCCUUAUACCAUUACUUAAAUUAUUUAAACAAUAUAUGUCUUCCAUACUAGAGGGUAAGCUUCAUGGAGAAAAAAGUUAUAUUUGUUUUAUUAAUCAUUGUGUAUCCAGUAGUUUCCGUCGUGGCUAACAAAUCCAACUAGGAACCAUGAGGUUGUGGGUUCGAUCCCUGGCCUUGCUCAGUGGGUUAAGGAUCUGGCAUUGCCGUGAGCUGUGGUGUGGGUUGCAGAUGCGGCUUAGAUCCCGUGUUGCUGUGGCUCUGGUGUAGGCCGGUGGCUACAGCUCCGAUUAGACCCCUAGCCUGGGAACCUCCAUAUGCCGCGGGAGCGGCUCAAGAAAAGGCAAAAAAAAAAAAAAAUCAUUGUAUAUCUCCUGCUCAUCACAUCAUGGUGCUUGACCAUAUUAAGUUCACAUUUAAAUAUUGGUAAAUUGUGUGAUAUCUUUAUUUUCUACUUCUGCCCCCAAUCUCCUGAGUAUUCAACCUUUGCUAAUGGUUAGUGCCUUUGGACCUAUCACGGAGAAGGAAUUUUUCCUCGAUCUUCCCCUUUCCCUCAUUCUUUUGGGUGGCCUAAGAAUUAAAUUGACAUGAGACCAACUGACAGGAGGAAAGUCACACAAAAGUUUAAUAACGUGUAUGUGAGAGACCCAGGAAAACUGAGUAACUCACUAAAAUGCCUGAAACCCUCACCUUAAAUUCCAUCUUCAACUGAAGACAAAAGAGGAUGUUGGGGUUAGUGGUUUGAGACUUCAAAGGGGAGGAAAGCAAUUGACUUGGAGAUGGAAAAGCAAAAAUUGGGUAGAUAAAUGUUUGCUGGGCCAUUCAGAGACAAUGGGACACAGCGGACUCUGACCUCUAGGCAGCACCUCAAGUUUCCCUCCACCACACAUAGCCCAUAUUCUUUGUCGAUAUCUCUGAUGAUAGUCUUGGAACAGGCUCUCUAUCUAAUUUUUUUUUUUUUAAGGUCAGGGGAAAGGUGAAAGUCUUUAGGGCCCUCACUGUUUCCAGCUUGAAAUAAUCCAUAUGCCAAAGAGAUAUUUGGGGGUGGCAAGUUUUGCUACCCUAUAGAUCCCGACUCGAUUUUACACUAGUUUUUGUUCUGUGUAGAAUACCUUUAACUUCAGUCUUCAGCUGUAAGAGGUGGGAAACGGCUGUAGAGGAAGCGAUAGAGCAGACCUGCACAGGGGAGAGGAAAUGGAGGGGUGAGAAAGGGUACAUUUUUGCUUUUGGCACCUGACAUGAGAAGGGACUCUUAGAGCUGUAUUUAUCAGGUCAGUAUGUUUCCGUGAUCAUUAACAUUAUGUAAAGAGUACAGUAACACUGAACGAUUUUUAAUCUAAAAAUUAAAAGGCAAAUAGGUUUUAUAUUUGUUAAGUUGGAGAAAUAUUUGAGUACUGUUGAUUUUAUCUGAAUUGUAGAAGUGGAAAUUCUGCAGUCUGUAAAAGAGCAAGUUAAAAAUUGACAGUACUCUUAACCUACAUACAGGUGAUAUUUUCUUAUGUAAACAGAUACCUGACACCUUGGGGAAGAAAAGGAAAGGGAGACAAUGAAAAGCUGUUUAACUUAGAAUGUAAAUAGGAACUGUAGAAUAUAAAGAGUGAGUUGUUAAGUGUUAUUGAGCGGGAUUUUGCUUUUCUUAAGCACUUAUAAGUGAACUUUUAAGUUCACUAAUUUAGUGGAGGUUAUUUCUCUCAUAGAAACAAAAUCGAUUGUAUCAACAGUGUAAAGUACCAUUAACUAAUAUUUCUAUUUUUUAUAAAAAAUAGGAGUUUUGAAUUUUCCACGGGAUUAUUAAAGGGACUUGAUAACAUGUUGCUGCUUUAACGGGAAGACUGUAUCUACUCCUCAGAUAGUUUGGAAAGGCAGUCUCUAAGUGUCAGUGUCAGAAGUAAAGCCAGUUUUGAUGGAUUUUAUUUGUCAUUAUUGAGCAUACAGUUAUAGGUUGCAGUUUGAAAGUUUUGGUAUCAUGGAAGAUGAUGGACCAAAAACUGCGACUGGGGUCAGCCUUUCUGCAAAUGAAGAUAAAACAAUGUCAGCCAACCUAAAAUACCUUUCCCUGGGAAUUUUGGUCUUUCAGACUACCAGUUUGGUUCUAACGAUGCGUUAUUCUAGAACUUUAAAAGAGGAAGGACCUCGUUAUCUGUCUUCCACAGCUGUGGUUGUUGCUGAACUUUUGAAAAUAAUGGCCUGCAUUUUAUUAGUCUACAAAGACAGCAAAUGUAGUCUAAGAGCACUGAAUCGAAUACUACAUGAUGAGAUUCUUAAUAAACCUAUGGAAACACUUAAACUUGCUAUUCCAUCAGGGAUCUAUACUCUUCAGAAUAAUUUACUCUAUGUGGCACUGUCAAAUUUAGAUGCAGCUACUUAUCAGGUCACAUAUCAGUUGAAAAUUCUUACGACAGCGUUAUUUUCUGUGUCGAUGCUUGGUAAAAAAUUAGGUCUGUACCAAUGGCUCUCCCUAGUAAUCUUGAUGACAGGAGUUGCUUUUGUACAGUGGCCUUCAGAUUCUCAAGAGCUCGAGAAGGAACUUUCAGCUGGCUCACAAUUUGUAGGCCUCAUGGCAGUUCUCACAGCGUGUUUUUCAAGUGGCUUUGCUGGGGUUUACUUUGAGAAAAUCUUAAAAGAAACCAAACAAUCAGUAUGGAUAAGAAAUAUUCAACUUGGUUUCUUUGGGAGUAUAUUUGGAUUAAUGGGUGUAUAUAUUUAUGAUGGAGAACUAGUAUCAAAGAAUGGAUUUUUUCAGGGAUAUAACCGCCUGACCUGGAUAGUAGUUGUUCUUCAGGCAUUGGGAGGCCUUGUAAUAGCUGCUGUUAUUAAAUAUGCGGAUAACAUUCUAAAAGGAUUUGCAACCUCUUUGUCCAUAAUAUUAUCAACACUGAUAUCUUAUUUUUGGCUACAAGAUUUUGUACCAACCAGUGUCUUUUUUCUUGGAGCCAUCCUUGUAAUAACAGCUACUUUCCUAUAUGGUUAUGAUCCCAAACCUGCAGGAAAUCCCACUAAAGCGUAGUGGUAAUACUUUCUUUAUCUGGUUUUUCACAAUGGUGCACUGGGAAUCUCAACAUUAAUCCUGCACAGAGGAUUCUAAGAAGAAGUCAUCGUGCUGAAUCUGAUUAUAUUGUUCAAAUGGCUUGAAAAUAUAAAAGUUUAAAGAUAAAAUAUAUGUAAUGAAACAAAAUGUCUGUUGCAUCUAGAAAUCAAAACUUGAAAGUAUUUCCAGGGAUUCGAAUUGGAAGAAACUUGAAAUCUGAGUUUAAAAAGAUUUUACCUUCUUGAUUGCUGCAGAAAAACAUCCUAUGCACUCUUUGCAAGAGCACACAAGUGUCAGACAUCAAUUUUGCAAAUUAGAAAUAUUUAAUCUUGUUAAAUGUUUUUACCUUACUCUUUCUGUACAGAUAGAUCAAAUAACAUGGAAUAUUCAGAGUUUGAAAAGUAUAAUUAUAAUUACCUAUAAAGCUGUGAAGAAGUAGAAGUAUGAUUUGGAAAACAUUUUCAUGUAUCUGAGAUUUUUAUAUUUAUACAGAAGAUUACUUAACAAAGGAUUGCUAUAUGUUGCAAAGUUCAAAUGCAUAAAAAUUGAUAAAGUAACAUUCUGGGUCUGAUUUGUCAGAGAAUAAACUUCGUAUUCAAAAGCAAAGAAAUAUACACAUCUUUUUCUCCAUCUACAUUUUAAGAUCUUUUAGUGCUUUAAAAUGCUAAAAGCAAUUUAGUUACUCCUGUGCUAGAUAGUAGCCAGUCACUUUCAUACUAAUGGAGUUUUGUCUUUAAACUCUUAAUUGUAUUUCUUUUCUGUAAAUCAGAUAAAUCCUUAAUAUUACUCUAAAUUAAAUUUUAUGUGUGUUAACUUCCAUUAAAGUUUAAAAGUGUAAUUUAAAGGGAUUAAAUACUCAUUUAAUAAUUUAAUAAUUAUUGUCUAAUGUCUCCAUUUGGAGAAUUUUGAACUAUCAAAGCAUAUACUGUAAACAACUAGAGCGUUUUUAGGUGAAUAUUUUACUCACUGAUCUGUAAAAACUUCCUUUAAUCUGCAACGGUUGACAAAACAACAACCAAAAAAAUAGUAGUACAUAUGUCAAUAAAUUGAGACCAAAAUGACUUUUCUUGAACACAUUCCAGAUUGCCAUGAUAUUACAUUAUUUUAAAUGGCGCUAUAACUAUAACUUGAAGGCUGCUCAGAAGAAUUUUCUAGGCCUCUCAUAAACCCGGUGUUCCUAGGAGUACUCUGAUUGCAUGACCAAGAGAGGCGGCCAAAUUUUGCAUUCCCUUUCAGUGGCCCUGCAAAAGCUGAAAGAGCCACAGCUUUGCUUUAAGCUAGUGUCUUAAAUGGGUUUCUUUGCCAUUUGAUUAGCACUGGAGUUGAAAUUACAAAUUAUGUGAGUUAUUUAAUAAGUUGGUUCAGGGAGAGAAUAUAUAGCAGAUGUGAUCAAAUGAAUUGGUGGGCACAAAAUACUUUUCUACAAUUGGAAUAUGGGUUUAAUUUAAUUAUUAACUAGAGACAGAAUUACCUACUGUGUAUAGGAACAAUUUUAUUUUUUUCAUUCAUAUAUUAUCUAUUUUUAAAAGUCUCCCGUCCUGAUAGUAUAAAAACUAUACAAAAUAUUUUUAUAGAAUUCUAAUGGAUUUUCUUAAAUAAAAUUUGGCCCAACAGUACUAUGUUAAAAACUGUUGGGGACUCUUGGCUAGUUAGGACUGGCUAUGUCACUUUGCUAAUGCAAACCUAGCCUCUGCAGGACUCAGGCCUAAUCUGUCCAUCCAGAGUUUUAAAAAAUGUUUAAAAUUACAAAAUAUUUUAAAUUAAUUUGCUGGUGAUUCCAAAAUAGCACCAAGUAAACUUUCUGGAACCCUGGCUUAUGAUUUUCAGUGGCCAUCUUUUAAAGUAUAAAGUAUUUAUUUAAUAACUUCACCAUAUUUUGAGGAUGGUGUUUUAGACUAUAAUGAUGUUCAGACUUACGUCUUAUUAUUUACUGCUAAGGGAAAUCUAAAUCCUGCAUAUAUGCACAGAAUUUUAUAUAUGUAUAUGUAUGUAUAUAUAUUUGGUCUUUUUAGGGCUGCACCCUCGGUAUAUGGAGGUUCCCAGGCUAGGGGUCUAAUGGGAGCUGUCGCUGCUGGCCUACACCACAGCCACAGCAACACCAGAUCCAAGCCGCGUCUGCAACCUACACAACAGCUCACGGCAAUGCUGGAUCCUUAACCCACUGAAUGAGGCCAGGGAUCGAGCCCACAACCUCAUGGUUCCUAGUCGGAUUCGUUUCCACUGCGCCAUGUCGGGAACUCCAUAUGCACAGAAUUUAAGACUAAAUACAAAAGAUUCAGUUUCAGCUCACACUGAAGUACUGGUUGGGUACUUACGUAUUAAUUUGGUGUGCAUUCAUAAUUGAUUAUUAAUUCAGAUUUUCUCUCUUUUAAGACUUCAAAAAAAAAGAUACAAGUAAAUUAUUAAAUAUCAGACAUAUUAGUUAUAGUAGUAAUAUAUUUUCAGGUGUCCAAAAUAACACAAUUUUCAACAUUCCCACAAAAGUUUAUAAAAUGUAAUCAAGAAUUCUGAGAAUGGGCAAAAUAGUCUAAGAUAUAUUUUCAAAGCAAAAUUAGACAGGCAUAAUUUAUAUUAUGCCUUCUGGAAGGUUAUUAAAGCUUUGUGUAGUUUAUAAUUUUUAAUUCAUAAAGAAGUUAACAUAUUUGAGAAGGCAGACCUGUAUUCUUGGUCAUGUUGUAUGUACAGAUAAUGCCAUUUUCUUCUGUGUUAUGUUGUGUUUUUAUGACCCACAGAAACCUUAUUGUAUCAGUCUUUUGUAAUGAUGCUUCCUUGAUUAUUUAAAUUCUUAAAGUUUAUAUGUGAUCUCUCCACUACUUUGUUCAUUAUAAAAAGGUACUAACUCAUGGGAGAAGAGAGCCAGUUAAUAGUUCUAUAAAAAUUAAGAAUAUGGUAUUUUGGAAGAAAAGUUUGAAAUGCAACAUGUAGAUAUUUUUCAACACAGCAGUGUUAUCAAUUCCUUAAUAAGUGAUUUUUAGAGAAGUUGUAGAUUACUUUCUCGGUGGAAAAUGUAGUGUAGAAGUGCAGAACUUAAAUGUUUACAUCAGUUUAUAUCGAAUGUCACAGUUUCAUAGAAGGAAAAGUGGUUUGAUAUUUAAACUAGAUUUUAAGGAGACAGUCUCCUUAAAAUCGAUUUUGGGCUCAGUAGAGUUAAAGUAAUACAGGCUAUUAAGAAUGGAUAUACUUUUCUUACAUAUCAAAUGAUUAGACUUAUAAAAUGUCACCGGAGUUUCAUUUUGUUUUUAAAGAGUUUAGCAUCACUCAUUUUAUUUACACUUUCAUUGUUGUUAAUAUUUAAUUACAUGUGAAUGUAUGCUCUAUAUAAGAAAAAGUUUAUCAAAUUAUUUAUGCUAUAUUGAAAGUCAUCUUAAUAAUCUCCCAGAUAUGUAGCAUAUUUAAAGUAAUUAUAGGACCAAAGGAAAAGCACCUUUAUCAAAAUCUGGUCCUGUGUGCCUUGCUUUACCAAAUACCUGACUUUCUGGAGAAUAGUACUGUAAUUCAUAACUUGGACACAUAGGUUAAAUUAGGAUAUUUUAAGAAUAACUAUAAUUCAAUUUUUUUGUUGUUUCAACAUUUGCUAUUUAAAUCCACUGACAAUUUUAAAAUAAGUAUAUUAUACAAGUAUUAGUGAACAGAAGCUAUUUAAAUAAAUUAUGACACCAUUGCUCUCUUGUUGAAAUUUGAAACUUUAACAAUUGUAUAUAUUAGUCAUUUUGCUUUUUUAUUUCUUAUAUAAUUUACUAUGAUGUUUUAACUAUUUUUUUAAUGACUUGGAUUCUAAAUUUGUCUACAUGUCUGUGUAUUUCAUUUGCUUAGGAAGAUUCUUUGGGGUUCGGGGCUGUGAUUUGUAUAUUUAAAAUUUUUAUGGACAUAAUUCAAAGGAAUGUAUAAAUUGGUCUUUUGUUAAAUGCCCUUUUAAUUGAUAAAUUUCUCAUUGUCA